CAAUAGAAGUAAACUGCCUUAUUCAAAACAACGGUGAACUGAAACCGUCAAAUAACUGACUGAAGUGAAAAAUAACGAACUUUUUAAUGUGAAUCCCAUAUUAGUGUUUUUGGAACUUUAAUGCUACAAUUUUGACCUCAUUUGAACGGUCCCCCAGUUCGUUUUUAGUAUCCCAUCCAUUUUCCGAAAACCUAGGCUUAAUAUUGAAAUCAGAAGGCUGAUGGGAGAAAUACUUUGGAGGCACACUAUAAGGGGACUAACGGACAAAAUUUGAAUACUUACCUAAACACACAAACGCGUAUCGGCUAUUUUUUCAGGUUAAAGUCAUAGUUGCGAAAAUUCUUUUUUUUUUAUGCUAAUACCGAAGUUCCUAGCCCAAAACUUACCUUGAGGGGAAUUGGGAAUUAGUACCAAAAUUUCAAGAAACCGUGUUGGGUCAAGGCCCUUUGUGAAUUUUAGGGUAGAAAGAAGUUACCACACUGCGCACGUAGUCGUCGGUCCUAUCCCUUAGAAACGUUCUGUGAUUUGAGGUUAAAUUUGAGUGCAACUUGUUGAUUCUUUUGAAUAGUUCGGUUUUUUAGUGGUUUUGUGAAAAUGAGGAUCCGAAAUCAUAGCCAUGUCGAACCCUUCGUUCUACCAAAGUACAUGCUACGUUCUGUAGAAAGAGAUAUGGCCCCUUUAAGAGCAUUGACGAACAAGAAUUACCAAGGGCCUAACACAAAAAGGACUUCAAUGACUACAAGAAGCAAAUCUGCCUUAGCCGAUGUCGAAAAUAAUAUGACCAGAACGAUAAAAAGAAAAGCAGAUGGUUCUCCUACCAAAGAAACAAAGACCAAUAAUAUCAAAAGAUCAGCUUUGAGUGAUUUGCCAAGGAAUACAAACGUUUUGGCCAAGAAAAAUGACGUUUUGGGAAAGAAAAAUGAAGUUGUGGUUAAGAAAAAUGAUGUUUUGUGUAAGAAAAACUCCUUGGAAAAACCUAUAUUGAAGGCUGUGCCAAAGUCAAGACAAUCAUCCUCCCUCAAAACCGUCAUAAAACCAAAGAAUAAUGAAAAUGUUGCACCUCCAAAUGCUCCUGGCAUGAAGGUGAAAACAAGAUUACCUGUGAAAACUGAAACAGAAACAGUCAAAGCUAAAGUACCAUUGAAGGAAACUAAUGGGAAAGUAAAGCGAUUGAGCAAUGAAUUUGAAAAGACUGAGGAAUCUAUGUAUUCUACACCUUUAGAAGAAUCAAGUGUCACUUCAGUAUAUGCAAGUGCAGAAGGACCUAAGUUAAAAGUUAUAGAAGAGAUUAAAAUGGAAGAAGUUGAGCCUGAAACAAAACCAUCUAAUAUAUCUCUAGUAGCUAUUCAAUUGAAAGAACAACUUCACCUUGGCAAGUAUGAAGUACCUGAAGGAAUAGACGAUUUUGAUAAGGAGAAUAUGAAUGAUGUCAACCAGUCAUCAGAGUAUGCCAUGGAUAUAUUCAACUACCUCAGAGAAAAAGAAGAUCAACAACAAAUACCUGAUUACAUGAAAGAUCAAGUCUGUAUAACAACAUGGAUGCGUUCUCUACUAGUGGACUGGAUGGUUGAAAUACAAGAAAGUUUUGAGCUAAAUCAUGAAACUCUUUAUCUAGGUGUGAAAUUAGUUGACCAUUACCUUAGUAAAGUAACUGUUGGUAAGGAGACCCUCCAGUUGGUUGGUGCAGCAGCAAUGUUUGUUGCUAGCAAAUAUGAUGAACGAAUCCCACCAUUAGUUGAAGACUUUUUGUAUAUUUGCGAUGGGGCCUAUACUAGGAGAGAAUUGAUACGGAUGGAAAUGAAUUUGUUGAAGGUUUGCAAUUUUGAUCUAGGAGUAUCCAUAAGCUACAGAUUUCUCAGGAGAUAUGGUAGGUGUGCCAAGGUAACCAUGCCAGUACUGACUUUGGCAAGAUACAUCCUUGAAAUGUCAUUGAUGAAUUAUGAAGUUGUGACAGUUAAGGAAUCAAAACUUGCAGCUGCAUCGUUGUAUAUGGCACUAAAAAUGAAAGGGGUUAGUGGAUGGACACCAACCUUGGAAUUUUAUACAGGUUACAAAAUUGAAGACAUUUUAAGUACAGUAUACUUACUCAAUGAUGAUCUGCAGAAAACACAAAAAGUUCAGUUGAAAACGAUACGUAAUAAGUACAAUCAUAAAAUAUUCUUUGAAGUAGCAAAAACGCCUCUUGUCAGUAACGAAGAGCUUAAGCCCUAAUAUAUUCACUUAUAUGACAAUUUUACACAUUGCAAAAUUUUCAACCAUGUUGGUCUAGAGGUAUUCUACAGUAAUCAUUGUUUUUAUAUACAUAUUAGGUAAUUUUUACAGAACACCACACAAGCACUGUAAAAUAUGCACAAUCCAAUGUUUUGAAAGGAAAUUGUGUAUAUUAUAUAUUUUAUAGAUAUUUUAAUUUGCCGUUUUAAGAUGUAUGUGAUUUGAGCUCAAUAAAUUAUUGAAAUCAUUAGAUUCAUUAAAUUUCUAAGGUGUAUGUAAUUCGAACUCAAUAAAUUAUUGAAAUCAA